AGUUGUAUUUCAGUCUUUGACUGGUUCGUUACUUUAUACAAGAAAAAAAAUAAUAAAAACAAAAUAUUUUAUUUAAAAAAACAAAUAAGUUUAAAUAUUUUAAAUUAAAACAAAAUGAUUUCACAUUUGAUCAUUAUCUCCAUAUGUCUCUACACAGCAGCUGCCGCUGUAUUACCAACAACAACAACAACUAUGGACCUAAUGGAAAAUGGAGAUGUCUAUCCCUUGAAUCCCAGUGAAAUUUUACCCAUACAACCUGUUCUUAUCUAUCCUACUCCAACAGCCAAAGAAAAAAUGUUUUACAAAUCAAGAUCCAUGUUAAAAGAUAAUGAUAUAAUCUAUAUCAAAUUAUUAAAACGAAAAAGUUAUCGUCCGAAAAAAUUAAAAAAUCAAAUCGACGAAAAAAAUGCACCAAAAGAAAUACAAAUGAAAGAUAUUUUCUAUGUUAAAGCCUUGGCGAACGGACAAUUUAGUCAUAAUCGUCUUAAGUUAUAUCGUUUGCCGGAAUUUUAUGCCAUAACUGUUUACAAAAAGGGCCAUCUGAAGGAUGAAGGAUUUUAAACUAAAACACUCCUAUAGCAUGUAUUAUAAGGGAAGAAUUUUGUGAUUUUUCUAUAAAGUAUUUAAGUUAAUUUAUGCAUAAGUCGUUAGAGUAGUUAGCUUUUAUUAAUUAGUAUUUAAGUAAGUUUAAAAUAACUAAAUAAACAUUAAAGAGAUGAAUAAAUUUCCUCCGUUUUAAUUCAAACACACAAAAACUCAACUUAACAUCUGUUUGACGGUUGGUAAUUGGUUUCUAAUGAAGACAUCAUAAUCAAUAAUCAACAAUUUUUAUUGUAUUUACUAUUUUAUUUAUUAAUUUGUUUUUGUUAAAUUUAUGUUCUUUAUUUAUUUAUUUUUUUUACAUGUGGGAAUAUAUUUUGUUAUAAUAAGCAACUGAGUUGUGAUGUUUAUAAUCAUGAACAUCAUGCUAUAAAAUCAUUCAGUAACUCGAGUGUCUUUAAACAGCUACAAUUGUUUGUAUAUUUAUUUAAGCUGCUUUGAUAUGCUCUUUUUUAUACAAUUAUCCAGAUAUUGAUACUUAUGCAUUAAUGAUAAUUUAAUUGAUUUUUUUAUUAAUUAAUUUAUGUUUUGUACUUAAAGUAAAAUAUAACAAAAUGCUAGCAAGCGUUUGUUUGUGGGUAAAUAGAUUAUAAUUUCAGGAAGUUAAUUUUAA